GCAGAGAAAAAACCGGGAGAGAAAAAAAAAAGAAAAGAAAAAAAAGAAAAAGGGAAGAAAAAUAAGAGAAGAGUCGAGAAGCUUUCGCUUUGGAGGUUGGGAGUUGAUGGGGAGGGGCAAGGUGCAUCCCUCGCCGUCGCCGGCGGCGGCGGCGGCUGGUGGCGGUGGUGAUGGAGGUGGCUGGGAGACGGCGGAGGCGGUGCUGAUGAGGGUGCUGCCCGUGGCGGUGCUGGCCAUGGCGGCGCCGCUCGGGCCGGAGGGGAAGGAGGUGCUCGCGUACCUGGUGCUCGCGUCGCUGCGGUCGACGUCGCCGGCGAGGGUAGGGGAGGGGGAGGAGGAGGAGGGGAAGUGUAAGGGAGGGAGUGGGAGGGUGGUGGUGGCGGGGGCGGCCCACCCGCCGGAGCUCGGGUGCGGGUGCUUCGGGUGCUACACGGCGUACUGGUCCCGGUGGGACGGGUCCCCGGAGCGCGACCGCGACGCGAUCCACCGCGCCAUCGAGGCGUUCGAGGAGCACCUCGCCCGCAAGGAAGAGGAGGAGGACGGCGGCGGCGGCAAGGCCUCCGCCCGCCGCCGCAAGAAGCGCGGCAAGGAGAAGAAGGGCAAGGCGAAGGUCGCCUCCUCCUCCGCCGCCCAGCCCCCGCCUCCGCCUCUGCCUUCUAGCGUCCCCGAGAAGGUGGAGACCUCCUCCUCAUCAUCCUCCGCCGCCGCCGCCGCUGUCCCCGUCGCCGGGGAGUGGGAGGAAGCAGCGGAAGAAAUGAAGGCCGCCGCCGGCGACGGCGUGGUGGAGGAGGAGCGGAGGCGGCGAGGAUGGGGCGGGGUGGCCGGCGUGUUCAGCUGGAGGGGGUGGAGCCUGUGGGGGUCCCACUAGUCGGUGAGGCACUGCAGCCACACCCAAUGCAUUUUCUGCUUUAGUUGGUGAGGUGUACCUGCAAAAAAAUUUUCCUGCUCUAUGGGGUUUUAGGUUGAUUAGGAGAUGCUUACUCAGCCCAAAUUAGCAAAUUAGCAUGACGAUGAUAACAAUAAUGAUGAUCAUAUGCUGCAUGUGGUGAUCAUGUGUUUGGUUUGUUGCAUGUGUAAAUAUUUCAGUCUAGUCAGUGUGUAAAUAUGUGUAGUAUCUGCAACCAAUGUGAAUACCCCCUGUAGUACUAUCUACUUGAAUUAUUCCCCUGUUUAGCACAGCAAUUUUUUGUUGGCCAUCACCCGAGAAUGAGAUUGGUUACCUCACUUGAACCAGAUGAAUCUGGAAUCCAUCUU